AGGCUUUUUGCAGGAACGGAACCUCAUGCGAAAAAUUCGAUCAUGCGAUCGUUUCGUCUCAAGAACAGAUGGCAGAUAACGAAGGGAAUCUGAAUGAAGUGAACCAAGUAGACGAAGAAAAUCAGUAUAUAGUGGAGGAAGCGGACGAAGAAAAUCAGGUGGAAGCAGAGAACGAAGAAGCUCAGAUAUCAGAGAACGAAGAAUUUGUGAUUCAGGAACAACCGAAGAAACUGAUCAUGAGUGAUGUUUGGGAGCAGUAUCUGACAACUGCGGAAAUUCGGAAAGAAGACAUGAACAGGCUCGUGAUGAACUUUCUUGUGGUUGAAGGAUAUCUAGAAGCUGUGGAGAAAUUUCAAAAGGAAUCUGGAACUAAGCCAGAAGUAGGUGUUGCGAGCAUCAGUGACAGAUUGGCUGUUAAAAGGGAUAUCGAAAGCGGAGAUCUUGAGGAUGCUGUUGAGAAGUUGAAUGCUAUAAAUCCUGAGAUACUGAAGACGAAUUUUUCUCUUAAUCAGCAGAGGUUCAUAGAACGAAUCCGCAUAGGGGUGACAAUUAAGGAGACCUUUAAUUUUGCUGAGAAAGAGCUUAAACCAUUGGUAGAACAGAACCUGGCGUUUCUGGAAGAAUUGGAAAAAACUAUGGCUAUACUCCGUUUUAGAGAUCUCCCUGACAUCCCGGAGGCAGAGAGAGAGCUUCUUGACAACUCACGGUGGUUUAAGACAGCUGCCGAAGUAAAUGCAGCGAUUCUUACUAGCCAGACUGGUCUAAAAUGUCCCAAACUUCUAGACUUGUUGAAGAUGUUGACUUGGACUCAGAACCAACUGGAUGAAAAAGUAGAGUACCCACGCAUGAGUGUUUUGCCCACUGGCCAGCUCACAGUCAUAAACCCGCCAUGGCCAUCAGAAUGAUUCUUCACCUCUUUCAGCAACUAAAGGCUCUGCCAAAGGGAACAUAUAUAGUGAAAUUUUAACCUGAUCAGUUACAAGAACAUGAGAAGACCAUUGCUUCGCAUUGUAUAUUUUGAUUGACAUGAAGUGUUUUGGCCUUACAUUUAUGAUAAAGUCAUUUGCUUUCUGAUGGAAAAAAUAUUGGACCACUUGGUGGUAGCAGUAAACAAGAGAGGUUGGUUACUGGUUAGGCUUUUAUUCUCCAACAUGGUACGAUUCCUAGAGAGCUACUUGUGAAGUUGGUAUUGAAUUGGUUUUUAAGUUUGUUGAGUGUUUGACCAACUAAAAAAGUUGCUUCUUUGUCUCCUUAUUGCAUGCACUGUUCUUCAAUGUACUUUAUAAUCUCUGCUUUGCUU